AUGGCAUCUCGAGGGCGUAGACAGCCGGCGCACUCUAGGAGAUAUUUCCCGGGGUCCUUCUCCUCUGGGUAUGUGAAUCCUAGAAUAUCUUUCCCUCCAUAUAACCGGGCGCGAAGAUCCACAACACGACCAGCGCCCAAGACUGGUAAACGGAAACUUCCCGGCGCUAUUGAUCUUACACAAGAUAACGACUAUGUUACACGGAUCGCUCAAGCUCGAAGCGCGCCCAAGCCGUACGCUCCUGACAGGGCUGCCUAUGAACAGCUCACAGCGCCCAGGGAACUCAUUCCACUGAGUCAGGGCAUACCGAACACUCAAGCGGAGCUUGACGAGGAGGCAAAUGCAGCCGCUUUUGUUGACUCUUCUCAGGAAUUUGAUGACUCUUCUUAUUUGAGCUUCGAAUUAUAUGGCAUCGUAUCUAACAAAAUAGUUGGUGUUAGAUUUUAUAAUGGCCAGGCGUCAAAAGGAGAAUGUGUCAACAUUCGGCGAGAGCCCAGUAACCAGUACGACCCGAAUUCAAUUCGAGUUGAUAAUGUUAUGGGUGAUCAGAUUGGCCAUUUGCCUCGACAUUUGUCCAUGUCAUUAGCGCGCUAUCUGGACUCUGGAGAAUUGUUAGUGGAAGGGGUUCUGGCCGGAAACAAAGGCACUUUUGAAUGUCCAAUUACCUUGAAGUUGUAUGGCACCAGUGAUCCCAGAGAACAGCAAGUGCUUAUGGAAAGAAUGAAAAAGGAUGGUCUGUCAGUUGCGGAGCUCGUGAUGAAAAGAAUCAACCAGAAACAACAACCACCACAAGAACUGAGAGAUAUCACCAACCACCCAGGCAUACGUAGGGGCAACGGGGUGGGCGAAGAAUGGCAAACAUCAAAUAGUGGAUUUGGUGUCAAUAUGGCUCCUAUUAAGGAGAGCCAGCUCCAGCAAAACCAAGAGUCCAUUAGCGAUAUCGUCGCCCAAAGCAUUGCCUUCAAUCCAAGGGAAAUGGGCCAGGUAGUUGAGAAAUUUGGCACCGAUGAAAAAGAACUUGCGAAAAUGCCAAUGGCUGACAGCCCAGCCGCAUUGUCAACCGAGUUAUUACCGUAUCAGCGACAAGGACUUGCAUGGAUGCUGGGAAGAGAGUCGCCUCGGCUGCCAGAAAAGAACAGCGACAAAGCUGAACAGUUGUGGAAGCGACAUGGAUCUGCAUACAAGAAUAUUGCGACCGGCUAUGUUACAAAUCGGGCUCCUUCAUUGGCGAGUGGUGGUAUUCUCGCCGACGAUAUGGGAUUAGGAAAAACAUUACAGACUAUUUCUCUAAUUUUGGCCGACCCAGUGUCAAAGGCCGCUCAAGCGCCAAAAACAACGCUCAUUAUAUCUCCGCUUGGCGUGAUGAGCAAUUGGCGAGACCAGAUUGCUAGUCAUGUUAAGGAAGAGCAUGCCCUCAAGGUUCUCAUAUAUCAUGGCCCCGGUAAGAGAGAAGCCGAGAACCUAGACCAGUACGAUGUGGUCAUUACCACCUAUGGUGCCCUCGCUACGGAGUUUGGUCAUUUCGAUGGAAAAGAAACCAAGCCAAAGAAACCAGAGAAAGGACUAUUCUCCGUGCACUGGCGACGGGUUGUCUUGGAUGAAGGCCAUACCAUUCGAUCGCCGCGGACAAAGGGAGCCAGAGCAGCAUGCACGUUAGAAGCUGACUCACGAUGGUCGCUAACUGGAACACCAAUCAUUAACAAUUUGAAGGACCUGUACUCCCAACUAAAAUACCUUCGGAUCUCUGGUGGGCUAGAAGAUCUGGCUGUCUUUAAUAGCGCAUUGAUUCGGCCUCUAAAGGAGGAACAUCCGAAUGCUACGCUUAUUCUACAAGCUUUGAUGGCCACCAUCUGCCUACGCCGUAAGAAAGAAAUGGAAUUCAUCAACCUUUGUCUUCCACCGAUGCAAUCUCAUAUUCUUCAUGUGAGAUUCCUGCCUCACGAGAAAGAAAAGUACGACAUGUUUCAGGCUGAAGCAAAGGGCGUCCUCAUGGAUUAUUCGAACAGCCAAAAAUCGAAUGUUACGUAUUCGCACUUGCUUGAAGUUAUUCUUCGCCUUAGACAAGUCUGCAAUCACUGGAAGCUCUGUCAGGCUCGGGUCAAUGAUCUCAUGAAUUUACUGGCAAAAACCGAUGUAGUGGAUCUGACACCAGAAAAUGUAAGAGCGCUUCAGAGUCUUCUCCAGCUGAAGAUUGAAAGCCAGGAAUCAUGCCCCAUUUGCCUGGAUAACUUGAAUCAACCAGUUAUUACUGCUUGUGCACACACUUUUGAUUUCGCCUGCAUUGAGCAAGUCAUCGAACGGCAGCACAAAUGCCCCAUGUGUAGGGCGGAUAUUAGAGAUACAUCUGAUCUUGUACAUCCAGCUGUUACACUGGGCGAAGACCCGUCUGCGAUAGAUGUUGACCCUGAAGAGAGCAGCAGCAAGAUCCAGGCAUUAAUCAAAAUCCUUACAGCCCAGGGCCAAGCUGCAGACACUAAGACAGUUGUUUUCAGUCAGUGGACAUCAUUUCUUGAUUUCAUCGAGCCACAGCUCAGCAAACACGGCAUAAAUUUUACGCGGAUUGACGGAAAGAUGAACUCGACCAAGCGUGAUGCCGCCAUGGCGACCCUGGCUAACGACCCAAGUUGCACAGUCAUGCUUGCUAGCUUGAAUGUCUGCAGCGUCGGACUGAACCUGGUAGCAGCUAAUCAAGUGAUUCUUGCGGACAGCUGGUGGGCACCUGCUAUCGAAGAUCAAGCCGUUGACCGUGUGUAUCGACUGGGCCAGAAACGACCCACGACAGUAUGGCGCUUGGUGGUGGAAGGGAGCAUCGAAGAUAGAGUGUUGGAUAUUCAGAAAUGCAAACGAGACUUGAUGACGACCGCCUUCAGAGAGAAGAAUGCGGCGAAGGGAGAGGAGAAAAGAACAAGGUUAGCGGAUUUGGGAAAGUUGCUUCAAUAG